UCAGAUGACGUCACUAGCCAUCGCUCCCGGAGCCGGACGGACGGGCGGAGCUGUAAGGAAACAGCGAUGGACGACUUCCAGGCCGCGGAUGAUGUUGCCUUCAACGUGGAUGAAACAAGCAAUAUCGUCAAAGAGUGCAUCGACAAUAUUAUUGGAGGGGUUGAUUAUAAUCACAACAAGAUCAAUCAGUGGACUGCUGCUGUGGUUGAACAAUCCCUAAUGCAUUUGAUUAAAAUGGGAAAGCCAUAUAAAUAUAUCGUGACCUGUGCAGUAAUGCAGAAAAGUGGGGCUGGUCUCCAUACAGCAAGUUCGUGUUACUGGGACAGCAGCACUGAUGGAAGCUGCACUGUGAGAUGGGAAAACAGAACCAUGUAUUGUGUCGUCAGCGUGUUUGCUGUCAGCAUUAUGCUGUGAUGUAACGGGAGAUCUUGUAUGCAUCACCUUUCCUAAAUCCAAGUCUUAAAGAAGAUGUACAUAACAAUAGCAAGACCACUGAUUUGUGAUACAGGUCCGACAUGUAUAUUGUGGUUAACUUAUGAUAGCAUAUACUGUACAUGAAUAUAAAUUAAAGCUGCAAUCAGUUUCAUAAGGCAGUAUCUUGCUUAAGUUCUUGUGUUUCUAAUGAAUUUGUGACUCUUAAACUUCAAGGUUUUGUUACCAGCUGUAGCUUCUGUUUGUGUUAUAUCAGGAAUUGGCAAUUGUGCAGAUUUGGUAUACUAAAUAAUUGCAUUUUCAUAAUUUCUUGGCAUUUGAGGUUGAGUUGUGCAGUAUUAAAAUGUAUUCAAACAGCAGCUAGCCAAUUCUAGUCAAAUAACCUUUGCUUAAUUGGCUCAGCUAUGAACUCACUGAAUUUGGACUCUUUCCUCUACUAUGGAAUAGAAUUUGCAUUUUUUUUUAAAGAAGUUGAGUAUUUAGAGCCUGAUGUUUCCUCAAAAUUUUAACAAUCAUAUCUCUCACUGGUGGAUGCGGUGUGAUUGCAACAUGUAAGAGAAGUUUGGAUAAAUACAUGGAUCAGAGAGGUAUGUGGCAGAUGGGUCAAGACAGAAUAACAGUUCAGCAUGGAGUAGAUGGGCUGAAUGGCUUCCUUCUGUGCUGUAGUGCUCUCUGACUCUAUAUUCAAUAUAAAAUACUUUAUUAUUGCAGCAAUAAAUUAGCUGCGUGUUUAUGACAAAAAAAUGAAGUUUCAAGUUUGACUGUUGACAAUAUAAAACUUGCUAUUUGAAUGGAGUAGGUGUUUAGAAAUAUCCUAGGAUUCUUCAAGCAAUAUUUAAUCACUGAUAACUGACUACAGCUGAUUGAUCUUGACAGUUACAAGAGACCAGUGUAAAAACUGCCUAUGUUCAAUCACUAACCAGUCAGUCCCAAUACUUUUGCAGGCUAAGUUGGAUUUGUAGCCCUGUAUUGGUGAAUUAGCAUUAAACAGGAUAUUGCUUAUUUAUAUACCUGAAAUAUCAAAAAUGUCAUGAUACAUAUACACUCUCAGAGUAUAAUUACAUAAACUUGUCUAAUUACAUAACUUUUUCCAAAAGGAAUCUGUUUAAACUAACUUAGUUGCAAAACUGAUGUUUACUUUUAGCAAAGUGACUAAAGGAGAUUAAGUGUGCUCCAUUUAUAAGAGUUAUAUUCAAUAAAAUAUUGAAUGAGGUAAGGUCUGCAACUUAACCAGUUCAAUUUAGGUUCAAAUUUGGGUUAAAUAUGUUCAAAAUUUGGAGCACUUGGUUGUUCUUUAUGUAAAUGCAUUGAAAACUAUGUAUAUUUGAAUUUUUCAAUACACAAAAUUAACCUAAAGUAAAUUUUAAUCCUGAUCUCAUUUUGUUCAUAGAGAACUUCAUUGAGGAAUUUUGCAAAGCUGGGAAAAAAGGUUUCCGAUGAAACUUAUGACUGGAACACUAAUUUUAUUUUUGUUCCCUAGACUGCCUGGCUAGCUGAAUGAAUUGUUUUUCUCUUACACUUCUCCCAUCGCAGAGGUGCUGUUUGUAAAUAGGAGAGACUGGUUGAUCCUUGUUUAUGCACCACAAGUUGUUGAAAUUGAUCUGACUUUUUUUUAAACCAGUCAUAUGCAUGAUCAAGGGCUAGUUUGCACUAAAGUCCUGUAGUAAUUUAUUAUGUAGUACUACAAAAGAUAAAUUAUUUUAAUUGUUAAUAAUGCCAAAAACAUAAUUAUGAAAGAAUUAUCAUUUUGAUCCUUAAAUCUUAACUGAUUCAUCAUAUUUGGUUUUGUUGUUUGAUUCCCUAAAUUCUUGCUCCAUUAUUGCAUUGUAUUUAUCUGAUUAGUCUUUUAACUGUCCAGCAGAUUUUCUAACCCAUGUCUUGUGGAAAUCCAGCAGUUCUUGGGAGUGCCUAGAGGUUUAGACUUACAGUCUGAAGAUGAUGUGUAAUACAAUGAUAAGCUUUUGAGGGACUAAAAGCAUAAAGCUAGUUGUGUUGUAAUUAAGUGCUAUUUUGCUGCAAAAUAAAAUCUAGAAAACUGCUGUAUCGUAAAGUAUAGCUUUCAUUUACCUAUGGAUGUUUAUGAUUAUCUUUUAAAAAAUUUGGUUUACUUUGUUCUUGUACUUAAUUUUCUGCCUAAGCCAUAAACUACAAAAGCUUUGAAUAUGUAUUUACAUUUAUCAUUUAAAUUUAUGUGGAUAACUGAACAACUUUUUCAUCUUAUUACCAUAAGAAUUGGCAUAUACUUUGGUUCAUGGAUGGUUUUUCCUUGACCUGGCAUGCACUUUUACUUGGAACUAUUUCAAGUAUUCUACGAAAGCUACAGCAGUGAGCUUAGGGGGAAUACCAUAGCUGCUGCAUUUAUUUUUUUUUGUUAUAUGGUCAAGUUAGAGUAUCACUGAUACAUUAAGAAACUUGGAUCUCAAUAAAAAAAUAGAAACAAUGACCAGUCCUUUCUUUCAUUUACAACUCCUGUAGCAUUACACUCACUUUUCAAACAGUUGGCUGCUCCUUGUUUUAACUCCUUCAAUUUAUUUUUGCUAAGAAAAGUGGUCUCAUAAACUUACUGCCAGAUGCUGUUUCUUGUAAAAUUUAACUUCCAGUAUUAAUAUAAUAAUACUGGAAUGUCAUGGAUGUCAUGGUACAUAAUGAAAAAUUACUUCCAUUAAGGCCACUUUUAGUUUAAGCUGUUUAUCUUGUGUAAACAAAUUUACUUUGAAAUAUUUAUUUAACAAGUCCUAGCCUUAGUGCUUUUUUUUUGCUAUUCUCACUGCAUUUUUUCUCCUUUAUUUUGAGGACAUCCAGCUGUGUUAAAUAAGUAAUUAACUACUGCUGCUUGUCAAAAUACUAUUUUAAAUUUGCGAGUACAGCUUCUAAUAUUUUUUCCUCCCUCCAGAAGGAGGUAUUUAAUGGAGGCCUGAUGUCUCCUGCAAGCAGCCUAGGACCAUGCUAGAAUUGUGCAGUUUGAAGCAAUAUCCAAAUGUUUACUGACUUGUUUACUGAUACUGCCUGUUGAUCAGCCAGUUUCUCCAUUCAACAAACUGAAAAUGUAACAAUUACAAAAUAACACUAAAAUCAUUAGCUUUAUAAUUAAGGCCAGUUUUUAAGUGCCAAUAGACUUUUUAUUCUCUUACUUGAAUCGUUGGUGUACAUUUUUACAAAUUUUACAUUUACCUUGUACUCAAUAUAAUUACUUGAUAUCCUUUCAGAGCAGAAGUGUACUAAAGGUUGCUGAAUUUGCUUAUUCCUUUGGCACUAAGUGCAUUGUAUGUGUCUCCAAGGCUGAACUGUAUUUUGUUUUUAAUUCGGAUUUCCAGCAUCUCCAGUUUUUUUUUCUUUUUCCCUUCUUUAAGUAAAUAUGCUACCUGUUCCAACUUUCUUCACACAACAAACCCUUCACUCCAGAAAUCAACCUAGUGAACCUUCUCUGAAUUCCCCCCAAAUCAAGAGUAUAAUUAAAUGAACGCUAAGACAAUACCUAGCCUUGAGAUUCAGUCCCUAUAAAAUUGCCUCAAAAUCUUUUGUUUAAAUUCCACAUCUCUUGUCGCCUUCCUAAUUGUUUGUUGUAUCUGCAUGUCAACAGCUGUGUCUCAUAUACUAGUACCCCAGAUCCUUUUAAAAUAGUUCAUACUAUUUAAAUAAUAUGUAUUGAUAUUCCUUAAGGGUUUAAUCUUGGUCCUUUUCCUUUCUGUACCUUGUCGACGCUACUUUGAUGAUAUGACUUGAGUGUGUUUGCUGAUGCUAUGAAACAGCUGCUACAUCAAUCUUAUGUCAUAUUUGUAACAGCUUUUUUAUGAAGUUUAAUAUCAGAGCAAAAACUUACUGCAAGGGAGUUUAGGGGAGGCUUAAAUCUCUACCACAAACUCCACCUGCUGGAAGCCAUUGCAGAGAAAGAGUGUAGCUGUGAUAGGUACUUCACAAAAAUAAAAAGAAACUCAAAUAUGACACUGGAUUGUUCAUGUGCUUCUUGUUACUGCCAGAUGUUCACCUGUGCUUCAGCUCCAUCCCCUAAGGUACUGUUUUCCUCUGCCUUUGCCUUUGCUCUCCUCUAGGUUUGGUAUUCCUUGGAUGGUCUUUUUUAAUGCAGUUCAUGCUGUAUAAAUGCAGAAAUACCAUAAUUUUAUGCAUUUGCAUGAUUUUUUUUCCUGGCACCAUGAACUAAAGAAAAACUGUUUACUUAACAAGAAUGUAUACGGCAAUUUUUUUUUCAGCUAACCUAUACUAAUCCAAUUUGAAGUUGUACAUUACAAACACUAGAAAGUCUGAGAUUCUGGAAGUCCAAAGCAACACACACACAGCAUGGGAAGAACUCUGGUCUCGGCCCAAAACAUUGACUGUUCACUCACUCUUUUCCAUAGCUGCUGCCUGAUCUGCUGAGUUUCUCCAGUAUUCUGUGUUUGUUGCUCCAAUUUGAGGUUGGCUCUUUUUGAUUUUAAUUAUACAUCUUUGCUUUCUAUGGUCCCAUUCUAUUUCUGUUAAAGUUUAAUGCAGUUUGAUAACCUAAUUCUUCUUUUGUAAAUAGUCAGCAUUAUUGUAAUACUGAUUAUGUUUACAGCAUGAUUACAAUGCUAUCAGCUUCACUUUGUGUAAAAUUAUAUGCUUGGAUUCAUUAAAAGGUGCAUACCAA